CUUAAACAUUGUGUAAGGUCUGAAGGUGAUCAAUAGCUCUAUGUCAGCUAUGUGUGUCUGUAUGUGUAUUUACUGUUUCAGGAAGUUAAUUCGCAGAACAAUACUGCAAUAGGUACCUAAAUAAGAUCGAUUCAAACUUCCACAAAGCAUCACAAUAUUGAUGGCAAAAUGGGGAAAACAGACAUUGCUGCAUUAAAUGACUUAUUCAACUCUGUAAGUAUCUCCGUGUGAGGAGUACACACACACGCUGACAUGAGCGAUAUCCCCGUCGUGAACAAAGCGCACGCUCACUUACAGACUUAUGAGCAAUUUAAAUGAAUAUGUGUGAGUGUGGGUAAAGGGCACAAACGCUUGCAGCGUUUGCUAUAAACCUUUCUCGAGGUUUCGCCAAUUUCCCGAUCUUUUCGUCGCCCUUGUCUGUGCUUUUAUUUUGUGUUCUGUGUUGUCACGUUGUAGACGAAAGAUCAAAAUAAAAUUGUAUUGUAUAAUCUUUAAUCUUGCACGGUACCGGUACCGUGAUCUAACAAAAGUGAAGAUCUGACAUCGGAUAUAUUAUCAGCAUAUAUAUAUAUAUAACCGUAACACUAUCAACACAAUGAGGCAGUGAAUUUCACAUGGCCUCCAUAUAAUUUCACUCCUAUAAAACGAUGGUUCUGCAGUUAGAAAACUAUUCACAAAAAGAAUUAAAUAAUCCCAAGCGAAACUACGGCCCUAAGCAUUUGGUUCGAAAAUUCAGUCAAAUCGCGUGCAUUUUUUUAUUGAUGCCUUGCGCCAACUUGCGUAGAUAUGAACAUUUUCGUUUUUUGAAACAUCCAUAUGGCGCUCUAAUGCGUUAUGCUGGAAAGUAGGUAACUGUCGUAUUCUCUUCCUUGGCAAUUUAAAGAUUAGUUUCGGCAUGCUUCCUGAUGUUUUCAUGUUAGAUUAUUGCACUGUCGAGAUAAGAGAUUAUUUAAGACCAAAACAUACCAUAAUAUUACUGUAUUAUGACGAAGAAAAAUAGAAACCUACAGGCUCGGCAUUUCCUUCUAUAUUUGAUUGGGUUUUUAGACAUGCUUGCCAUAAGUCUAGUCGUUCCAGCCUUUCCUGUUCAUAUAAAAUCGUUUGGAGCUUCUUCGACCCUGACAGGGGCCAUAACAUCUAUUUACGGAGCACUACAACUGUUUUCAAGUCCUUUGGUUGGAAAAUGGAGCGAUUCCAGAGGACGUUUAAAUGCCAUUUCAGCUUGCCUAAUAAUUUCUUCUACUGGAUAUCUCUUUUCUGGAUUUUUUGUUUCAUCAUUGGUCAGCUUGGCAUUGCUAAGGAUAAUUCCUGGUAUUUUUAAGCACACACAAGAUUUAUGCAGAUGUUGCUUAAUUGAAGAGUCCGGUCAUAACAAAAAUCAGGCAAUAGGAAGUUUUAAUGCAAUUGCAAGCAUUGGAUUUAUUAUUGGACCCACUGUUCACGGACAUUUGGUUGCGAAUUUUGGCCAUACCUAUGGACUCUACAUUAGUUAUAUGAUUUGUGCUUCUCUUUUUUUAUUAAAUUUUUUAGUUGUGUCAAUUUUAAGAUUUUAUCCUAAUCAUGAGUUAUAUAAACCCAUGCCAACACAAAAAUCACACAAAAAUGGAUUUAAUCACGAAAACGGUGUUACCGAAAACACAGCAAAUGUAGAAAAUAUAACUGAUGACCUCAAACGCUUCCAGAGAGGGGUUUUUGCUUCUCGUUUUUUGCUUGCCUUGCCAGUUUUGAUGUUUCGUUCAACGUUUGUUUUAUGGUUAACCCAUUAUCACCCUGAUUUAGCCUCAACUACAGUUGGAUAUAUUGUCUCGUAUAAUGGGUUUCUUGGGUUAUUUUUUGGGUUUUUAGUUGGCACUGUGUCGAAUUUAGCAUAUUACAAAGGCCAUGAAGAGAAAUUGCAAAUGCAUGCAAGUUGUUUAGUUUUGCUAUCUUUUAUUCUAUUUUUAAUUUCUUCGAAAAUAUCUGUGAUUCUAGUAGCCAUGACAACCCUUACUAUGGGUACCUCAGUACUUCGAGUUUGUGGUGUGGUUUUGACUGUGAAAUAUUCAGAAAGUUGUGAUAUUGGACACAUACAAGGCCUUGGAUCAUCAGUGUUAUCUGUGGCCAGGUUUGGAGCGCCUCUGGCUAAUGGCAUUCUACAAGAAUUAUCUUUCUCAGCUCCAAAUGCUUUUUCUAUAUUUCUUGGUUCAUUGUCUAUUGCAGUUUUUUACUAUGAUUCUUACUUAUAUAGAGAAAGAAAGUUGAAAAUGUGAUUUUUUUUUUCGAAUUUGAAAGAUUAGAAUUAUGAUGUAAUUAAUUUAAUAAAACAUUAUUUAAUCUAUGCAUUAUUGCUGUAAAUAUUGCCAAAUAUUCACUUUUCAAUAGCCAUGUCCAUGUCAAAGUUUUUGAAUUCUAGAAUGUGAUUUUUCGAUUUCUAAAAAUCCACAAGGAUCUAUUUUGUAGCACUGUGAAACAGAAAAUUUUUGAACAAAAUUAUUAAGAUCAUCUGAAUUCUUGAAAAGUAUAUUUUGAGUUUUUAAGUUUGGUUUGAACUCGCAAAUUUGAUCAGAGUAUGGGUCUCAAACAGAGAGUAUUGAUAGAAGAAUUACUAGUAACUAACCUUGUGAGUUGUGACAGAGGUGUCAAUAGAGAUACUGACUGACAUAAUAAUCAAUUCAAGUGAACUCUGUCAGGAAAAUUGCCAGUUCGAAAAGAUUUGCAUAAAUGUUGGUGAAUGUUAUUGGGUGAAAAAAUAUUAGUAAUUACCAGUGAAUUGGUAAAUUUCACAAAAAUUAUCACAAUUAUUUUGAAUGAGUUCGAAAUUCAUUACCGAAUAAAAUAUUAUUAUACUCUUAUUACACAUAUUAUUCUCUUUCAUCCUAUGUUCAUUCAAAGUCUGUACUAAUAUUCAUAUCACUGUUUAGUGUUUACUAAUGUAUUUAUAUUAGAAGGUAAAAUUUGCCUGAAUUUUAGUAAAGGUUUAUUUUUGACUGGAAAACAUAUAGCCAUAUACUGUUGUUGUUUUAUAACGAUUAUUUCAUUUAAUGCAGUUUGGUUUCGUUUCAUUUUAAUUUUACCGGAACUCAUUUUUGUGAUAUGAAAGCUUAGAUAUUUAUGUCAGCAUGGAUUUUUAUUUCUCUUGUUUUGGGAUUGUAAAUUGGAUUAGAUCACGUAUUGUGUUCAAUAUCGUUUUAUUGUAGAAUCAUGUAUACACAAGAUUUUUACAUUUUAUAGGCUUGUGAAGGGAAAAGAUUAGAAAGUCGUUACUCAUUUAUAUAUAUUUAUGUGCUUUUAUCAAUGAGACAGAUGCAUAUGCAGAUAGGCGUUUUACAUCUUUGUUACAAACAUGGAUAUGGAAAAUCAGCCUCUAAUAUCUCAGAUAGUCAUCAUUGGGCCUCUGAGCGUGUUGGUGAGGUAGUUGGCAUGACACUUGAACUUCUUGAAUUUGAACUAUUUGUAAAAUUAAUAAAUCAUUUCAUCAACUAAUCUAAGAUGAUCCCCAUUCAGGUGUCAUCAACAAGAUCUCCCAUUGUCUUUUACAUUUUCAGUUCAUUUCUAACCCUGCCUAUUAUUAUACAAAAUUCUUGGAUGACUGAACAUUUGGAUCCACUGUGAGGAUUUAUUAAGAGCUGUACUUUUUUGUCGCUUGAUGUAUUUUUCUAGGUUUUAUUCGGUUUUGAUGUUUCUGUAUAUGUGUGUUUGUUAUUCAGGUUUUCUUGAUAUUUUUUUCAGAA